UUGUGCAUACGUCAUUUACAGUACUGUCUUGGUUUAUACUGUUGCAAGAAUUUGAUUCGUGUUAGACCUCGUUGUUCGUGUGAUUAUAUCAAAAUGUCGAAAGUAACAUUCAAGAUUACGCUGACUUCAGAUCCUAAACUGCCUUUCAAAGUAUGCUGUUGAGCAGGGUCCUACGUUGAAGUUACACCAGUGUCAUGGACACAGCGGUCGUGCAACAGUUUCUCGACUUCUUCCAAGACUUUAUCAACCUGUGUCUGUCAGAAAACUGGCCUAGCAACACCACAACUGAAAAUGAGAUUAAAAAUGCAUUUAUUAUAGCUAAGCACAUAGAGAAAUGCUUGGACGCGUUGCAAAAGCAAAACGUGAUGAGUGAAUUUCUCGCUACGCUAAAUAAUAAUCAAGAUGUAUCUAACACAUUCCUUAAAAAUUGUUCUCUUGAUCCCCCUAAAUGUGUGUUAAAGAAAAUUAUUAAUUCAGACUGCAAAGUCACUCAAAUGGACAGUGGUUUUAAGAUAUUUAUUGAGUUAUUUGGGGAGACAAAGCUAGAGGACCAUUUGACUGAUUUCAUGAUAGAGGCAGCCUCAACAGAGACAUUGUUACAAAACAUAAACACAGAACUGUCAAAGGAAAAAAUACUCAAUUUAAAAAGUCACUUAUUUUUAGCUGAACUUUCUACUUGUGAAAAUCCUGAGGAAGUUUUAAAAAGAAUAUUAAAGGAAUCUUCGGAAAACACAGUAGAACUAUUGAGCGUGCCCGAGGCGACGCCGUUCACGGCGGUGCUGAAGUUCGCGGCGGAGGAGUUCCGCGUGGAGCCCGCCACCAGCGCCAUCAUCACCGAUGACGGCAUCGGCAUCAACCCGCAACAAACCGCAGGCAAUGUAUUCCUGAAGCACGGGUCGGAGCUGAGGCUAAUCCCGCGGGACCGUGUCGGCGCGCCGCACUAAACCGGGAACGCAUAUUCCUUUAAUUUAAGCAUUGUUUUAUAUAUUUUAUAAUAUAUUGUAUAUUUUUGUUUAUUUUAUUAAACCAUUUUGUAAAAAUGGUAA